AUGCAGGCCCUGAAACUCAACGCCGCCGUAACGCCCUUCUUCCGCCGCCCCAGCACGCAAUGCACGACACGCAGCAUCUUCACGCCGGCGACGCGCCCCAAGGCCAACAUGGGCAUGGUCCCCGCCGCGGAAAAGGAGAGCAUGUUCGGGGUGGUCGAGAUCUGGACGUCGGGCGCCGCACUUGAUGCCGUCAAGAGGGCACCCGAGUACAAGCAGUACCACUCGACCGUGGCGCGCGAGGGCCUGUACAGCACCGAAAACGACAUGGACAUCUCCGAGUGGACGCCGUGUGCCGGGUUCGUGGCGCGCAAGGGCGAGAAGGAGACGCCCAAGGCCGGCAUUGUCAUGCUGGCCAAGUUUGUGUGCAAGGACGACGAGGGCAUGAAGGACGGGUUGGUGGGUGUGAUCGGGAAAUUCUGCGACUGGGUCGAGGCCAACGAGUUCGGCACCCUGACGUACUGUGUGAUGGCCAGCAAGACGGCGCCUAACGAGGUCCUCCUGUUCGAGCGGUACAAGGACCUCGCGGCGCUGGGCGUGCACGGCAAGACGGCCGAGUUCAGAGCCAUGUUGUGA